AUGAGUUUCUACAUGUUCAUGUCACUAAUUCCCUUCAUAGGAACCUGUGAGAAUUAUCUUGAAAGAAACAAGAACACUUCGACUCUGUGGGCGCUCACGCAAAGUGGCUGUGCAGAAAGAAGAGAUUAUGUAUGUUCCUUUGCUCAAAACGCUUGAACAACUUCUAAACAAUGCCACCAUCUUUGAACAGGUGAUGGAUACUAAUCGCCAGACCCCUACUACUAUUAUGAAUGAUUAUUGCGAUGGUGAAAUCUAUCAGACACAUCCGUUGUUUUCUACUGACCCUGUGGCCCUUCAAUUAAUCCUUUACUAUGAUGAGCUGGAACUCUGUAAUCCUUUAGGGUCAAGGCGAAAGAAACACAAAAUUGGAGCAUUUUACUACAUUCUUGGGAAUGUUGACCCACGCUUUCGAUCAAAAAUACACAGUAUCCAGCUCCUUAUCUUGGCCAAGUACUCAUCAGUGGCUGAGUUUGGCAUUGAUCAAAUUCUAGAACCGCUGUAAAAGAUAUUGAGAAACUUGAGUCGCCAACAGGUGUUCCCUUUGUAAUAGAUGGAAACACACUUUUUUUUCGUGGAACAAUCUCCAUUGUGUCAGCAGACAAUCCUGCCAGUGCUUCUCUCGGAGGUUUCAAGCAGAUCGAGUGCAUCUGCAUUUCGGUAUUGCCGCCACUGCUUAGGAAGUGAAGAUGAUAUACAGUCCAAGUUUGUUGAGUCCCAGUUUACUCUCCGCACUGAUGAACGACACUCUUAUCACUGUGAUGUUUUAGACAGACAAGAUCUUUCAAGUGCCGACAAACAGCACUUUUCACUGGUUUAUGGUGUCAACCGUCGUGCUCUUCUACAUACACUGUCGUACUUCAGUGUUGCAUCAGGUGCACUCAUCCCGGACAUCAUGCAUGAUGUUCUGGAAGGUGCUCUUCCACUUGAAGUCAAGCUCAUGCUCAAGGUAUUUGUGAUAGACAAAAAACUGUUCUCACUGACCUUUAUUGAUGAUGGGUUUAAGAAACUGAAUUUGCGUUCAUUUGAUGGUGACAAACCAUCAACUUUGAGUGGUGUUUCUCUCACGUCUUGUGAUUCAAAUCUUCAUCAGCACGCAAUGCAAAUGUGGACUCUGGCACGAUUUCUUUCUCUCGUCAUUGGACACCUGAUCCCGGAGGAUGACAAGCACUGGGAGAAUUUCUUGUGCCUUUUGGAUAUAAUCGAUAUCCUCUUUUCUCACUCUGUUGCUGAUGAUGCGAUUGGUUACCUGGAAGCUCUGAUUAGUGAUCACCACUCUACAUUUUUGGAGCUGUAUCCAGAUACACAGAUAACGAUGAAAAUGCACUCCAUUGUUCACAUGCCAAGGCUAACGAAGGAGUAUGGCCCUCUUAUUAACCACUGGACUACACGAUUUGAGGCAAAACACAAGUAUUUCAAGCACUUAGCAAAUGUAAUGGGAAACUUCACAAAUAUUUGUUUCUCUCUCGCCCUUCGUCAUCAAAUGCACCAGUGCUACCUCUCACUGAACACAGACUCACUACCAGGAGAGGAAGUUGAAAUUGGACCUGGUAAUGUCAUAUUACAACGUAUUGCAUGUGAUGUUAUGGUGUGUACAUGAAUAAUGGGCGUAAUGUGUACAUGAAUGCAUAACAUGCAGGCAAGAAUUCCAGCUGUAUAUACACUACCUCUGUGGAACUCAACCGCUGCUCCUCCAUCUACUUCAUUUUUUAGGGCAAACUGGGUGAAGGUUCAUGGAACCAAAUACCAGACACCAUGUGCAUUGGUUGUGGGACGAUCACAUGAAGAUGAUGAGCUACAAUUUGGACAUGUCGUAAAUGUGUUAGUGUACUCUAAGCAAGUUUUUUUUGAGUUUGAGCUUAUGCAUGUGCAGUUUUGUGAACAUUACCAUGCCUAUGCAUUAUCACUCCCACCUCUUUCCUUGCGGGAGAAAUUUUUGAUUCAACACAGAACCUUGCCCACUUAUCACCCUUAUGGACUGUAUCAUUGUCACUUAUCAAACAAUACAUCAGUACAAUACACAGUUUUAAGGAGCAAUAUAUACAUAUAAAGUUUACACAAAUUAAUGAUUAUUGUCUACAUUUUAGCAUGCGGCUCUUUUUCUUGCUGCCUGGACCAUUUUCCCGCCAUGAGUGUCACCCUCAAUGAGAUUCCUCCAAAAGUUUCUUACUCUACUUACAGCUUCUUCCUUCUUGAUCUUAAAACUGUUCUCGGUGAUGGAUAACUCUUUUUCAAGUCUUUCAACUUUAUCACGCAGACACCUGACGGUGAUUUGGGACUUCUUUUUGUGGUCAUCAAUUUUACGAAAGUAUUCCUCUGUAGAAAGUUUUACUAUUUCUGCUCCAGGCAACCUUUCGUAUUC